AUGGCUUCAAUUCCUCCCGCCGACGAGUCCAAUCUGCUAGCUCCCGCCUCCGAAGGCGCGGAGACGAGUACGAGUGAAAGUACUGUCACCCAGCGUCCCAUUCAACCGCCGCAAAAACCACAAGAAUCAUGGUCGUCCGAAUCAUCCGCCAAUGCGAUUGCAUCCGACUCGCCCUCCAAUUAUUCCUCCUUUUCCAGCUCCGAUAGCGACGAGCCUCUCCCCGGCGCUGCCAAUGAGGUAGACGAAGAUGAUGCUGCCGAUGUGGUCGGGGUGAGUAUCGGCCGCGAGCAAAGUCGCAUGAAAGCCCGCGCCACACCCGCCGAAGAGAAAAACAGAGUUUUGGAACAACAAGGCGGAUAUUUCACCAACAUCCCCGACGAGCUCGGCGAGGAUGGCUUGUUCGUCUCGGAGCUGACGGCUGAGCCUGAAUCGGUGGAGCCCGAGGCGACCGGCGCUGAACAUGCCCAACAGCCAACGCGCAGCAAUAAACUGACGCAUCCUGUCCCGUUGGUGGAGCGCCACGCGCCGCGAGGUCCCCACAGAGAUCAUUCCGCGCCAUCGUCAGCUCUCGUGCGUGACUCGAAGGAUUCCAGUGCAUCGGGUUCGCGAAGCAGCUUUACCCGAUCGUUGCUGAAAACUUCGCUGCCUCGUCGCCCGCGUGCUUGGUCCGGUGAAUUGAAGAAAUUCUUGCCCGAUUUGACCUCGUUGACCAAACGACCCUCGUUGUCGUUCCGCUCUGUAAAUGCGCAUAACCGUGCCCGCAGCCAGACGGUAGCAACCUCGUGCAAACAGAGCCUACAGAAUUCCAGAGCGUCGUCAUUGGAUCGACGCCAACGAGAGGUUUCCCCGGCUGCCAAUGCUAUCUCCAAUGAUGAAGAUUUGGGAGACGAUGCGCAGCCGAUUUCAGAGCUGCGGACGCUGGAUGGGAGCUCCGCCGUGAAGCAUUCAUUCUCGAGACGGCCGAGUGCCGCGAUGUCUGGACGCCCGCCUAGUUUGCGCAGAUCAUCCUCCGAUCAGUCGCUCUACUUGCGAGCGUCCUCGACGGCAUCGUCUUUGGAACAACGGCCUCGGUACGAGAAUGUGCAUUCACAGGUUAAUAGCCGGUUCAAGGCUAUCAAGGAUAGCUUGCAAGAUUCGAGCAGUCGUCUGCUCAGUAUGCCCUCUCUCCAUUUGCAGGACAUUCGUACGGAUUGGGUCCCUCGCCCGUUCCCCUCUGUAACGAAUAUAACGGCAGAUCGAGGGAUUGACGGAUCUGCUCAUCGGUCGGCGACGCCUCCACCACCUCCACGAUAUAAUACUCAGUCCACUCAUCCUAUAUUGGAGGAGGCAAUGUCCGAAUUGACAGGCGAUGUCGUGAUUCUUGGUGGAUACCGUGGCUCAAUCCUGCGUUCUGCGAAGCCUCCUCAUCGACAACUCUGGGUGCCGAUGAAGGUGGGAUUGAAUCUGCGAAAGGUCGAUCUCGAGGUCGGUUUAACCCGGGAGGACGAGGAGCGUAUGGAGGAGACCAUCAUACCCUCUGGCGUGCUCUCUCACGUUGGGCCCGUCGAUGUCUGUCGACGACUGAUGAAACGCCUGCGUAAAUGUGACAAUGCCGUGCGUGGUGACCUUCGUGUUUGGGACUAUGGCUAUGACUGGCGACUGAGCCCCGAUCUGCUCUCGCAACAACUCAUCACUUUCCUCGAGGGCCUGCCAUGCAACCGGCCAGCGCCGGAUGGUCAACCCCAAAAUCCCCGUCGAGGCGCGACAGUCAUCGCCCACAGUCUCGGCGGUCUCAUCACUCGACAUGCCGUGAACAAACGCCCGGAUCUCUUCGCUGGUGUCGUAUACGCAGGCGUACCGCAGCACUGCGUCAACAUUCUCGGUCCCCUCCGCAACGGCGACGACGUGCUGCUCAGUUCCCGCGUAUUGACCGCGCAAGUCAACUUCACUUUCCGCACCAGCUUUGCACUCCUCCCCGAGAACGGCCAUUGCUUCAUCGACAAGCAGACCAAAGAGGAAUACCGCGUCGACUUCUUCAACGCGGACAACUGGGACGAGUACCAUCUCUCCCCAUGCAUCAACCCUGCUCUACCAGCCACGCCAGUAAACACCCGCUUCAAGGACUUUGCACUCAUCCCCAAGCGCUUCUCCAUGGGCCCACGGGACGAAGCCAUCGAUCUCCCCACCAACGAUCCACUCGACUCUCCCGAUCCCAACUCCCCAAUCACCACCGACGACGACCACCAAACCACCCGCAACACCCGUCGCACCGUCCCCAUCCACGCCAACACCAUGCCCAACCCAACCCAAAUCACCGCCACAACCACAGAAAAUGUAAACGACACCCUCCUCCCAGGCGGCGUCGACAACCUCGUCGGUCCAGGCACAACACCACGCAGCAGCGCCGCCACAACCCAAGCCACGAAUCCCAGCACAAUCCCCCGCGCCGCCGCAAUGGCCUAUCUGCAGCGCACCCUCGCCGAAAUCAAACACUUCAAAUCAGAACUCUCCUUCGAACCAACCCACCAAGCCGAGAAUCGCUACCCACCCGCCGCAGUGCUAUACGGAAAGAGCGUCCCCACGCUGUACGGUGCGCGGGUCUCGUCCCGCGAGGCGAUUAAGCACCAGGAUGCGUAUGAUGAUCUUGCGUUUGCGGCGGGUGAUGGCGUUUGUCUUGCGACGGCUGCGAUGUUGCCGGCGGGCUAUCGGGUUAUUAAGAAUGGGCUUGUGAAGAGUGAGAGGGGGCAUGUUGGGUUGUUGGGGGAUUUGGAGGGGGUUGGGCACUGUUUGAGGGCUGUUAUUAGGGGGAGGAAGGAGGGUGUUGGGUUGGGGAGUUUGCAGAAAUGA